ACGAUAUCUGUCCCCGUCUGUCGCGCUCUCUCUCUGUAUAUAUAUUUAUACUUAGACAUAUGUAUGUAUAUAACCUCUUUAAAUACUAAAAUGCCGAGGGUAGUCGACCUUAUAUGAGUCGGUAGUUUACAGGAAACAUCUUCCAACUGCAGGGCGGGUUGUAACAUGGAGGCCGCCGAAGGUGUCAGCAGUGCCACGCCCACGGAGGAGAUGAAUGGAGCCGGGAACUUGAUGGAUUUCCUGGACGAGCCUUUUCCUGACGUGGGCACGUACGAAGACUUCCACACCAUCGACUGGCUGAGGGAGAAAUCCAGAGACACAGACCGCCACCGCAAGAUCACCAGCAAGAGUAAAGAGUCCAUCUGGGAGCUGAUCAAGAGCCUGCUGGACGCCUGGUCAGGAUGGGUGGUGAUGCUGCUCAUCGGACUGCUCUCAGGUACACUGGCCGGAGUGAUCGACCUGGCGGUGGACUGGAUGACAGACCUGAAGGAAGGCGUCUGUCUGUCGGCCUUCUGGUACAGCCACGAGCAGUGCUGCUGGACGUCCAACGAGACCACGUUCGACGACCGAGACAAGUGUCCGCAGUGGCAGAAGUGGGCCGAGCUGAUGACCGGCCACGCUGAGGGAGCGGGAGCGUACGUGUUGAACUACUUUCUGUACGUCCUGUGGGCACUUUUGUUUUCCUUCCUGGCCGUGUCACUGGUGCGAGUCUUCGCCCCGUACGCCUGUGGCUCAGGAAUCCCAGAGAUCAAGACCAUCCUCAGCGGCUUCAUCAUCCGGGGCUACCUGGGGAAAUGGACCCUGCUGAUCAAGACGGUCACGCUGGUGCUGGCGGUGUCGUCCGGUCUCAGCCUGGGCAAGGAGGGUCCUCUGGUCCACGUGGCCUGCUGCUGCGGAAACCUCUUCUGCAGUAUCUUCUCCAAGUACAGCAAGAACGAGGGCAAGCGGCGGGAGGUGUUAUCGGCUGCAGCAGCGGCUGGAGUGUCGGUGGCCUUUGGAGCGCCCAUCGGAGGAGUUCUGUUCAGCCUGGAAGAGGUCAGUUACUAUUUCCCUCUGAAGACUCUGUGGCGUUCCUUCUUCGCCGCCCUAGUCGCCGCCUUCACACUGCGCUCCAUCAACCCGUUUGGCAACAGCCGGCUGGUGCUGUUCUACGUGGAGUAUCAUACGCCGUGGUACAUGGCCGAGCUGGUCCCCUUCAUCCUGCUGGGCGUGUUUGGCGGCCUCUGGGGGACCCUCUUUAUCCAGGCCAACAUCGCCUGGUGCCGGCGGAGGAAAACCACCCAGCUGGGGAAGUACCCGGUCCUGGAGGUCAUCGCCGUGACGGGGAUCACCGCGGUGCUGGCGUACCCCAACCCGUACACCCGCCGCAGCACCAGCGAGCUCAUCUCCGAGCUCUUCAACGACUGCGGCGCGCUGGAGUCGUCGCAGCUCUGUGAUUAUAUUAAUAACCCCAACAUGAGCCGACCAGUGGACGACAUCCCAGACCGACCGGCAGGGCCCGGGGUCUACAACGCCCUGUGGCAGCUCGCCCUCGCCCUCGUCUUCAAGAUCGUCAUCACCAUCUUCACCUUCGGCAUGAAGAUCCCGUCAGGUCUCUUCAUUCCCAGCAUGGCGGUUGGCGCGAUCGCCGGGCGGAUCGUGGGGAUCGCCGUAGAGCAGAUGGCCUACCACCACCACGACUGGAUCAUCUUCAAGAACUGGUGCCGGCCGGGCGCAGACUGCGUCACGCCGGGACUCUACGCCAUGGUGGGGGCGGCGGCCUGUCUGGGCGGGGUGACCAGGAUGACCGUCUCUCUGGUGGUCAUCAUGUUCGAGCUCACCGGCGGGUUGGAGUACAUCGUCCCCCUCAUGGCCGCCGCCGUCACCAGCAAGUGGGUGGCUGACGCCUUCGGGAAGGAGGGAAUAUACGAGUCGCACAUCCAGCUCAACGGGUACCCCUACCUGGACGUCAGGGACGAGUUCACCCACCGCACCCUGGCCACUGAUGUGAUGCGGCCCCGCAGGAACGACCCCCCACUGGCCGUCCUCACCCAGGACACCACCACGGUGGAGGACGUCGAGACGCUGAUCAAAGACACAGAUUAUAACGGCUUCCCGGUGGUUGUGUCCAGAGAAUCGGAGAGGCUCAUCGGCUUCGUUCAGCGCCGGGAUCUCACCCUCGCCAUCAAAAAUGCCCGUCAGAAGCAGGACGGCGUGGUGAGCAGCUCGGUGGUCUACUUCACCGAGGACGCGCCGCAGCUGCCGGCCAGCAACCCGCAGCCGCUGAAGCUGCGACGCAUCCUGAACCUCAGCCCCUUCACCGUCACGGACCACACGCCCAUGGAGACGGUGGUGGACAUCUUCCGCAAGCUGGGCCUCCGCCAGUGUCUGGUCACCAGGAGCGGGCGUCUCCUGGGCAUCAUCACUAAGAAGGACGUCCUGCGACACAUGGCUCAAAUGAUGAACCAGGACCCGGAGUCCAUCAUGUUCAAUUAGCGACCGAGACGAGCUGUAGUCUGCCGACGGUGUAAAUAGGUGAAACUGGUGCGACGCUACUGUACUGCAACCUGUGAAAAAGUCCCUCCCACCCCCUGACAGGCAAGUCCCACAACAGCACUGCCCCAUGUGUUUUCAGUGUAGCUGCGCUGCGAGUAUUUUCGGUUCAAGUUAGCCUGCGACAGAGUGCUUUUAAUCAACAUUUCAAACCCUCCCGAGAUCAGAAACGAAAAGAUAGAAAAAGUAGAGAAAGUCAGAGCUGAUGAGGUGAUUAAAACGUCCUGUUUCUCUUCACGGUCAUCAGGUAAAAAAAUGAAAAAACAAAAGAAACUGUCACGUUAUGUCAUCGAAGCUGAGAGCAGAGCAUGUGCUGAGUGUUCAGGGAGCCAAACUCCUGGUGUUGCGGCUGAUAUCAGCCUUUGGUGAAUCGCUUUCGCUUCUUCAGCUUCAACGGUAGCAGCUGGAAAAAAAACAAAAAAACUCACCAACCAUCUCACAAUCAUUCGUUUAGUGCUGCUGGUUCAAAUAACAGAUGUAAAAAGCCUCGCUCAAGGGAAAUGCUGAGACUGAAGGCAGCGGAGCUACAGAGUUCACUCACAGGGUUGUUGCACAGGCCUGGAAAGUCUGGAAAGCUUAAGAAAAUUCAGUGUAUAACGAUCUCUCGUAAUCUUAAAACGAUGCCAGUGAUGACCACGCAUGACCCAAAGGCAUUUUAGUUUAGGGCCGACUCUCCGUUCACACGUGGCGCUCCGUGUUGUUAUAUGGAAUAUUUCUCAUUCAAAAAAAGGCGUGUUUGAAAAAGGGUUUUGUGUCUCGGUUCUGUAAACUCUGCUCAAGGUCUAUCUGCUCGCGUCCCCUCGGCCGUAUGCAACUGAAGCUUCCCUGAGUCGAGAGAUUUGUCAGCUGCUGUUUCCAAGGUCGAGACAUGUAAGUUUGCACCUGUAAAUUCUAAGUUGAAAGCUUGGAUAUUGGGGCUCCAUGUUUUAAGUCUGAAUGUUAAGUUUUUUUUCUGCCCGCGAUUUCUGUUUCGCAAGUUUGUGCCUUCAGUUUUAUUCUCGCAAGCUUCCAUUCGUUUUCUCACUCAUUCCACGGUUUGAACAGAGCUGUACUUUAGCUGUUUACGGUUGGGUCGUUGCAGCUGGUUCUGUGAAGCCAUCGGUGGUCUGGGACUACAGGCGGUCUCACUGUGUCAUGAUUGACCCCACAGUCGUGGUGUUCUCAGGCUGCAACUAUUCAUUCUUCCGCCAGGUUAUUUAUUUAUUUUUUUGGUUGUUUGUUUUGUUUUGUUUUUUUGGUCUAAAAGAUGUGAAAAUACAGAACAAAUGUCCAUCACAAUUUCUCAGAGUCCAAGUCGACGUCUUCACGUGUCUUGGGUUUUUCCAGCCAGCAGUCAAAAACUCAAAGAUAUUGAUAUAACAGUGACAGUGAUAUAAAGCAGCAGAUUCUCAGCCGGAACCAGAGAAUGUUUGGCACUUUUUUUUUUUUUUUUGACAGAUGACUUAAGUGAUCGAUCAAUUACUAAAAUGUUCUGUCAGUCAGUGAAUCAAUUAAAUGACUGUGAUCUAGCCAGUUGCACUGGUUGUAGCCGCUGCAAGAAAACUGGUUCUCUCCCUCUCUCCCUCUCAUCCUGUGUCGUCUUUAUAAAGUUCUGCGUAUAAAACCUCACCAUGUUGUAUCCUGUCAAACUGAAGGCGCAGACCUGCAGAGUUUACGGGUACAAACUAAGAUUACUCAUCCGAAACUCUCUUUCAAACACACCUUUUGAAAUAUUAUUCUCGACCAGAGCUGCCAAUAAACCGUGCGCUGGCAGAUGAUUGAUGUUGAUAGUAGCAUGGGGGGGGAAAAAAAAAAAUCACAUUUCUUCACUUUAUUAAAAAUCUUUAAAUCUGCUGUUGAGGUGAAAAUCUGUGAAAAGUGCAGAAUAUUGUAGGAAUCCUCAGAUGUGGGCCGGUACUCGGGCGUCACUGACGCUCUAUUUAAAAACAAAACAAAAAAAACGUGGGGCCAGUUGUGAGUUUUAACAAACCAGAUGUGUUUGAAGUGAAGCACUACUGAAUCCUGAUCCCACUGUAUAAACUCUCUGUACCUGGUUUUAUUUAAAGCUGGGGAGUCUGUUGGACUGUUGCACUUUGUGUUUGUUAUGUGUUGCUGCCAUAUUUAUAUUAAUGCUGCCUGUAUCACUGUUAAUUUUAAUGUGUCAGUGACACCAGACAACGUGUUCCUCCUGGUUUGACCUGAAGCCACAACCUCAUGCGCCGUGUGUCACUGUCUGAAACACUAAAUGUUGCUGGUACUGUUGGAUCAGAAGACAUUCUUUUUUUUUUUUGGUACCUUUUGUUAAUUUAAUUGUGUCAAACGGUUUCAAAAACCCUGAAAAUCGGACUCCAGGCAAUCAGCGGAGUUUUGUCCGAUUCUCUGCAGAAACGCGGUGAUUCGUGUUUUCUCGUCGUGAAGAAACCUGCUUUCACUGAACCGAAGGCCCCGACACACUGUGCGACGGCGGCGAUUGUGAAAGAUUUGUCCCAUCGGAUGAGAUAUACUGGGUCAUUAUGGUUGUCGAUGCCGACCUCACGAUGCGGAUCAGGUGUCAGCCAGAUGUGACCGGUCCACUGUAAAUCCAGUUUCUUUGUCAGGACCGUUACAGAAACACAGUGGUCGCUCCAUCAGUUGCAUUUAUUCAGUCUUGAUGAGCAGUUUUUAGCUACAGCAAUAAAUCCAGCAGGCUGAGAUUUGUAGAUGUUAACUCUGGUAUCAGAUCAGCGCUUGAUAUCCCACUGUUUUGAAAAUAGCUAAUUUCCUCACUUUUCUCCUGCUCAUCUACGGCACACGGAUUUCAAAUACACUAGACAGAGACAUUGAUGGACGAAGCAAGAUGAUGGUUUCUCUUAGGACUAAAUUUUCAGCUUUCAAGCCGAAGUACCACAGGUUAAGUCAAGUGUCUCUAACCGGCUGGAACCUGAAUCAUAAAGACAAAGCAGAUCGGCUACAUGGAGUUUUCUUUUCGCCCUAAUGUGCCGUCUUGUAGUUUUCUUCACAAAUUCCGUCAAAAUAGACAGAAAAAGUCAAAAUGAAAGGAGAUCAUUUGUUCCUCAAUUCGUGACCCUGCCAGCGUUUUGACGCAGGCCGUCGCAGUCUCUGAAUGUCUGGAUUCAAAGUAUUGGUGGACCUGUGUCACGAUCUGGGACUGACGACCAAAUAUUUCACCAUCACACAAAAGCGCAUGUGAAGGGGCCUGUUACAUAAACUGACAAAAAUAACCCGGUACCUGUGUUGUUUGUGACUCUCAACGCUAAAUACGCUUCAUUAAGGAGAAGUUGUGACGCGUGUAGCUGCAGAUGGAUCUUUCAAAUGGAGGAAACUUUCUCAGAAGGACAGAAGCGUCCUUGAAGUUGCUAAUGUUUCUGUUCCGGUGUUGGAAAUGAUCCAGGACAGCAAACGUUAACAAAAAGCUCUUAGAAAUAUCAGGACCGCACAAAAAGAUUCUGGAAACUGCUAAAGACAUUUUUGUCUUGAGUCCUGCUCCUCGACUGCACAUUUAGUGUUUUUAUCCCCUCGGUCACUUCCUGUGUCGUGGUCUUUGUUGUAGUGAAAAAUAAGCUGCUAACACUUCAUAAAAACUGGAAUCUUUGUUGGUACCUUAGCAUCACAAAUAUAGAAAACACUCUGUGUUGUUAAAGCAAAUGAUCAAUGUUUUGUUUUUAAAUGCCAAGAGAAUGUACUGGAAAAAACAAGCUGUGUAUAUAUCGAACAGUUAUCGUGAGCAUUUUUAAUUUAAUUUCCUUUUGUCUGAAACACUAAUGUUGAGCUCUGCUUAUUUUUUAUUUUUAACUCUCAAAUAAUUAUCAGAUUCUUAUUUCGUCCAGAAAACAGACAUUUGCACUUUUGCUUUUGGAUUUGUGAAUGAAGUGAUUGAAAAAUAAACCUUUCAGUUUACCUGCUGAUGCUUAAUAAA